GCGGAAGACGCAUGCGCGGGCGGCCCGCGCGGCCUUAAGUGCAGCGCCGACCUAGGGCCGCCCAGUCGGCCUGUCAGCCGGCUCCGAGGUAAGUCCCGGCGCUUGCGCGGCGGCGGCUAUGGCGGCGGAGGAGGAGGAGGUGGACUCCGCCGACACCGGAGAGAGGUCAGGAUGGCUAACUGGCUGGCUCCCUACAUGGUGCCCUACGUCUACAUUACACCUUAAAGAAGCUGAAGAGAAGAUGUUAAAAUGUGUCCCUUGCACAUACAAAAAAGAACCUGUUCGUAUAUCUAAUGGAAAUAAAAUAUGGACACUGAAGUUCUCUCAUAAUAUUUCAAAUAAGACUCCACUUGUCCUUCUACAUGGUUUUGGAGGAGGUCUUGGUCUCUGGGCACUGAAUUUUGGAGAUCUUUGCACCAACAGACCUGUCUAUGCUUUUGACCUAUUGGGUUUUGGACGAAGUAGUAGACCCAGGUUUGACAGUGACGCAGAAGAAGUGGAGAAUCAGUUUGUGGAAUCCAUUGAAGAGUGGAGAUGUGCCCUAGGAUUGGACAAAAUGAUCUUGCUUGGGCACAACCUAGGUGGAUUCUUGGCUGCUGCUUACUCGCUGAAGUACCCAUCAAGGGUUAAUCAUCUCAUUUUAGUGGAACCUUGGGGCUUCCCUGAACGACCAGACCUUGCUGAUCAAGACAGACCAAUUCCAGUUUGGAUCAGAGCCUUGGGAGCAGCAUUGACUCCCUUUAACCCUUUAGCUGGCCUAAGGAUUGCAGGACCCUUUGGUUUAAGUCUAGUGCAGCGUUUAAGGCCUGAUUUCAAACGGAAGUAUUCUUCAAUGUUCGAAGACGAUACUGUGACAGAAUACAUCUACCACUGUAAUGUACAGACUCCAAGUGGUGAGACAGCUUUCAAGAAUAUGACUAUUCCUUAUGGAUGGGCAAAAAGGCCAAUGCUCCAGCGAAUUGGUAAAAUGCACCCUGACAUUCCAGUUUCAGUGAUCUUUGGCGCCCGCUCCUGCAUAGAUGGCAAUUCUGGCACCAGCAUCCAGUCCUUACGACCACAUUCAUAUGUGAAGACAAUAGCUAUUCUUGGGGCAGGACAUUAUGUAUAUGCAGAUCAACCAGAAGAAUUCAACCAGAAAGUAAAGGAGAUCUGUGACACUGUGGACUGAACACACUGAAGCUCUGAUGGGAAAACCUGGUUACUGAUACAGUUGUUCAGCAAUAAUUCGUAGUAUAUGCUGAAGAGUAAUGAAUACAACACAAGAACCAGGCAACCUUCUUGACUAUACUUUGCACAUGUUUUCUUGAGGAAUUCACUUGCACAUUUAAACCAGUUAGUGCCUUCUAGAAGAAUGGCUUUCCUUUCUCCUACACAAAAUUAAAAUAUACAAGUCUCUAAAUUUAAUACCUUUAAAUAAAAGGUUAUUUGUCCCUCUCAUGUACUGAAAAACUAAUUUUUCAGCUGAAAAAUUUUUAAUCUAAUUUUGCUAAUCAGUUACUUUUUAUAUUGCAAUUUAUAUUGCCAAUUUAGGAAGUGAUUUCUGAGUCUCUUACACUGUAAAGGUGCACUUUAUUUUCUUUGUCUUCCCCAUCAUGUAUUUAUUAUGUCUGAUGACUGAUAUUAAUCUAAAUUCAUUGUGUUUUUAUGUAAAAAAAUCUGUCCGUUGUUUAGAAUAUUUCACUUUGUUUUUGAAAUGGAGCGACAAGGCAGAGUUUUGGUUAAAGGAUGGGAGUUGAUCACUAUCAUUACUUUUUCUAGUUUACCUCUUUUUUAUAUUUAAGGCUGCUAAGCCAUGGUCAGCAUUUUAAAUGUGGUCUAUCCUGACAUACACAGUGUAUAACAACAUAACUCCUUGGAACCUCCUAUGUGUGGUAUGAUUCUACACUUCCAAGGAACAUGACUUCAAUACUUCAGUGAUUCAGGUACUGAAAAGCCUUAGCUAAAAGGGUGUUCUUUGUUUCUCCCUUUCAUACUAUUCUUUUCCAUGACCCAGGAUGCAGCAAAUGAAACAAAUUUCUUCACUUAAGGGGAUAUUAAGACUGUUACUUCCUAGUAAGCCGAGUAAUGUCAUAUUUUUAUUAACAUCUAACUUUUGUAGAUGGGUGCUAAAAAUGCAUACAUUUUAACCACUAAAAUAGAAAAACAAGUGGUGCUAUUAUGUCUCAUGGCACCAGAAAUGAGCUACCACUUGGGUUUGUUGUUGUUAUUGUUUAUUAAGAGUAUUGUGUUAAUUAAAUCAUUACAUACUUGAAGUUAUAUUACAAAAAUUCUAAAAGGUUGAUUGAACUAUUUUUUUAGGAACUACCAUCAAGUGUAGAAUUUUCUUGCAGUUUUAAAAUGAGGAAAACUUCUUUGAAACUGUGGUCACUGGCUGCUGAGAAAACCCUUCACCGAAAAAAUAAAUAAAAAUUGAAUAGGACUGUCAUCAAGAAGGCAUCUUUGGCUAACAUUGCUUGUCCAGGAGAAAGGUAGCUAUGUAAAUAAAAACAGUGAACUAGAG